AAGGGUUGGUAGCCCAAGGUGAACCCAGAGCUAGGGAGCCCGCCCCGCCAGGGCUCCCCCCGAGGCUGGGACAUGGGUGCAGGCCUGAGAGGGGACACUCACCGGAGCGCGGCCCUGCCACCAGUGGGGGGCUCGGUGCCACUGAUGAGCUCGGGGGCUCGGACCGACCAGCCAGGGCGGCAGAUGCACCGGCUGGGAGCCCCCCGCCCUGGUUCCUGCUCACCCACCCGGCCGCCUCGCCCAGGUGUCCCCGCGCCGGGUGGCGGCGGCCCCCACCCCUCUCUCGGCGAUGUGUGCCCUCGGGGGCCUGGCGCGGCCCCACCCCCCGAUCUGAGCAGCUGUGUCCUCUUCGCCCACAGGCUGCGCAGCCCCUGGGUGCCCUCGUGCCUCGGGCAGCCCCGCGUCCUGCAGGGCCGACUGGCCAGGUCCUCGCCCUCGCUCUGGGACAGCGCGCUGCAGGAGCAGAAGGGCGAGCUGCGCAAGCGGCUGUCCUACACCACGCACAAGCUCGAGAAGCUCGAGACCGAGUUCGACUCCACGCGCCACUACCUGGAGAUCGAGCUGCGGCGUGCCCAGGAGGAACUGGAGAAGGUCACGGAGAAGUUGCGCAGGAUCCAGAGCAACUACAUGGCGCUGCAGAGGAUCAACCAGGAGCUGGAGGACAAGCUGUACCGCAUGGGCCAGCACUAUGAGGAGGAGAAGCGGGCGCUGAGCCACGAGAUCGUCGCCCUCAACAGCCACCUGCUGGAGGCCAAGGUGACCAUCGACAAGCUGUCAGAGGACAACGAGCUCUACAGGAAGGACUGCAAUCUAGCGGCCCAGCUGCUGCAGUGCAGCCAGGCCUACGGCAGGGGCCACAAGGUGUCCGAGCUGCCCUCGGACUUCCAGGAGCGCGUGAGCCUGCACCUGGAGCAGCACGGCUGCAGCCUGCCCUCGCCGCUCUGCCGCCCGGCCUACGCCGACAGCGUGCCCGCCUGCGUCAUCGCCAAGGUGCUGGAGAAGCCGGACCCCGCCAGCCUGUCCUCCCGCCUGUCGGACGCCUCGGCCCGCGACCUGGCCUUCCGCGACCGGGCGGAGCAGCAGAGCCUCAGGCCCCCCUACAAGGGGGACGUCUACUGCAGCGACACCGCGCUCUACUGCCCCGAGGAGCCGCCGCGCGACCGGCGGCCCAGCGCGGACGCCUCGGUGACCGACGUGGGCUUCCUGCGGGCCCAGAACUCCACCGACAGCGCCGCCGAGGAGGAGGAGGAGGCCGAGGCGGCGGCCUUCCCGGCGGCCUUCGGGCGCGAGGCCUUCCCGGGCUACGCGGGCUCGCUGCCCACGUCCAGCUCCUACUCGAGCUUCAGCGCCACGUCGGAGGAGAAGGAGCAGGGCCAGGCCGGCGCGCUGGCCGCCUCCCAGCAGGCGCUCUACCUGAACAGCCGCGAGCCGCGGCUGCCGCGCCCGCCGCCCGCCGCCGCCGCCGCCGCCUACCCGGGCAGCCUGCGCUUCUCCAAGGCCGCGGCCGCGGCGGCGGCCCCGCUGGAGGCCGAGGUGGCCCCGGGGUUCGCGCGGACCUUGUCCCCCUACUCGGCCGAGCCCUACCGCUACCCGGCCUCCCCGGGCCCCCAGCAGGCCCUGGUGCCCCCAAACCUGUGGAGCCUGCGGGCCAAGCCGGGGUCGGCCCGGCUGCCCCGGGAGGAUGCGCGUGGCCAGUGGCGGCCCCUGAGCGUGGAGGACAUCGGCGCCUACUCCUUCCCGGUGGCCGCCAGGCGGGCCUCCCCCGGCAGCUUCCCGGAACGCUACUACAGCGGGGGCGGCCCGGGCCAGAAGGCCGAGGGCCGGGCCAGCCCUCUCUACGCCAGCUACAAGGCCGACAGCUUCUCGGAGGGCGACGACCUCUCCCAGGGCCCCCUGGCAGAGCCCUGCUUCCUGCGGGCUGGUGGCCCCAGCAGCCCGAGGCCCAGCUACUCGGCCAGCGAGGGCGACGGGGAGAGGCUCGGGGGGCACCUGUGCGGGGUGGCCGACAGCCCCGAGCCCGAGCACAGCCUGCACAGCUCCAGGGACUCCCUGGAGCCCAGCUCCAUGGAGGCGUCCCCCGAGAUGCGCCCCGCCGCCCGCCUGAGCCCCCAACCGGCCUUCCCGCGGACUGGGGGCUCGGGGCUGAGCCGCAAGGACAGCCUCACGAAGGCCCAGCUCUACGGGACCUUGCUCAACUGAGCGCCUCCCUGCGGGCUCAGGCCACGGAGCGCCGGGCCAUCCGCCCAGCACCCCAGGGGGCCUGCCCACCUGUCCCCAGACACCUGUCUCCUGGGCCCCGCCCGCAAGAGCCCCUCUCUCCCACCU